UGAAACGAUGGUCUUUGAGAAUCAAAACCAUGCAGCAAUUUCUAGUUGAGCCUGUACAGCAGUUUGCUGGAGCCAAUACCAGGAUCAAGAAACCUACUGAAAUCGCUUUCUUCUCAUACGACAACGAUCACAAACUCAAGCCUCUUGACAAUGAGUCUUUGAGAUACUACUAUCCGCCAUUUUUCAAUGUCCCUGGUCAUCAAGACAGCAGAUUUCCAGUUGACCUGUCGAAAGGAUAUGAUUCGUUUCGGCAGCGGGACGACAGCGGCGAUGAGCAUCUAGACGGUCUACUGGAUACUCUUGUCGAGGCUGAGAAGCGCAGUGGCAGGAAGACUGAAGUAGAUCUCGUCACGUGGAGAGGCAUGAUGACAAGAAUCUUGACAGCACCUUAUGAAUUGGAAGACGGAUUCGAGAUGAACGCAACAUGCUUCCAAGGCACAAUAUAUAUCGAAGAGAACCACGCAUACAAAGCCGCAUCAAAAGAAGCACAAAAGGCCCGCUUCUCUCGAAAUCGAGGUCCUCCGCAAGACAUGGCCAUGUACUGGGGCUACAAAUUUGAGACAUUGUCGCUUCUAAACAAGCCAUGGGGAGAAACGACAAGAGAAGAGAUCGAAGGACGUGAAGAUGAAGUCGUCGAUAACUAUGCUCAAUAUUGCAGUAUCUGCAGAACAGAGAUUGGUGGCGCUUCAAUGGUCAUCGGAGGAGAAGUUGAUGGAGUACUGGGCUACAAGCCUGAUGAUCCUCAGGCACCAGCCAGAUGGGUCGAACUCAAGACAUCAAAGCAGCCGGAGCACGAACGUGAUCGUUGGGUCUUGGACAAAAAGCUCCUCAAAUUCUGGGCUCAGUCCUUCCUACUGAACGUACCAACAAUCGUGAUCGGUUUCCGCUCACGCGACGGACGAUUGUUGAACAUUGACGAAAUAAGCACGCAGCAGAUCCCAUCCAGAAUCCAGCAGCAAGGCACUUACAAAUGGAAUGGCAAUAUCUGCAUCAACUUCACAGGUCAAUUCCUUGACUUCCUCAAGCAGACCAUCGUCGGCGACGGAGUAUGGAGAAUCCGAAGAGAAGCGAAGAGUGCAGCUAUUGAAGUGUUCAAGGUCGAGGAGAAGGGUACAGGGAACAUUCUCACGCAGAACUUCAUUGACCACCGGAACAGUCUCCUUGCGGGAGAAAUCGCUGCUGCGUUGAACAGCCGUGGACCGGCGUGAGCUAACAAUAAUAUUGCUAUCUUGUACUUGUAUAACAUGACUUGGCUGUGAAAGCAAGAUUUCGAUGUUCAUUUCAGGCUGUGGAAGGUGAUGGCAGAGUGUGGGGUCGCAUCGGCAUGUGAAGAAGGAGAGAGCAUUCGAGAAGUUUCCCCGGACGUGCACCUGAUGUCACACGAUUGAAGCCCUUCAUACCUAGCAACCGGAAACAAUCAAAGAAUGGAAGUUUGCUUUA